AGAUAGCUGCUCUUUAUAUCUUGUUCGUUAGUGACCGAUGUACGAUUUGGAAUGCAUUUUUAAAUUACAACCAAGAAUCGUCAGUGAACGGUAGUUCAUGAUUUUGUCUUCUUCUAACUUAAGGUAGUCAAAAACUACUUUCAGCAUCGAUGAUUCGGAUGAGAGGCAUCUGUACAGAACAGUGUUAACACGUUCAUUCGCGGCAUAUUUUUGAGGUUAGAUGAAAGGCAGUCGCACAGUGAUUCGAUAACCAUAUCGCUAAUUGAAGUUUUUUUUAUGAAGUGUCACAACAACGCUUAACGUUUUCCUUACUUUAAUAAAAAGUGAACGAAACUUAAAAAAGAAACAACAGAUUUAAAUGACAAAUAAUCAUGGCAACGUCUGGUUCUGAUAAAAAGCCAAGCAUAAUAAUUUUAGGAGGAUGCGGUUUCAUAGGACGUAAUCUCGUGGAAUAUCUACUGGAUAACGAUCUUGUGUCUUUUGUACGUGUCGUAGAUAAAGUACCACCGCAAACUGCUUGGCUAAAUACUAAACAUCAACAGUUAUUUAAACAUCCUUUGCUCGAAUUUAAAAGCGCUAAUCUAAUCAAUACAGCAUCUUGUCAAAAUGCAUUUUUAUCGGACAACCCAAUUAAUUUUGUAAUCAAUUGCGCUGGAGAAACAAAGAGCGGCCAGACAGAUCCAGUGUACAAAGAAGGAAUUUAUAAACUGAGUAUGAAUUGUGCUCAACAAGCUGCUAAAUUACAAGUUGACCAUUAUGUGGAAAUAUCUUCUGGUAAUUUUAGUACUUCUGAAAAGAAUCCUCUUAAAGAAGAAGAUGUUGGGGAACCAUGGACAUUUGUUGCAAAGUACAAGUUACAAGUAGAGAAUGAUUUAAAAAACAUACCAAAUUUAAAUUAUACAAUAGUUAGACCAGCUAUUGUAUAUGGCUGUGGUGAUAGAAAUGGAUUAACACCACGUUUAGUAGUUGGAGCUGUUUAUAAACAUUUGGGAGAAAUGAUGAAGUUACUUUGGGGACCAGAUCUUCACAUGAACACAGUUCAUGUGAGAGAUGUAGCCAGAGCUAUUUGGCAUAUAGUAAAUAGGCCAGAAACUAUAGACCAAACAUAUAAUGUUGUCGAUGAUGGUGACUCAACUCAAGGAUCAAUCAGUGCUAUAGUUUCAGAAUUAUUUAAUAUCAAUCAUGAUUACUGGGGUACUGCACUAUCUACACUAGCUAAAACAGAUAUGAAUUCUGUUGUUGAAGAAGUAAAUGACAAACAUAUGGGACCUUGGGCAGAAGCUUGCAAUAAAGAUGGAGUGGAAAAUAGUCCUCUGUCUCCAUACAUAGAUCAAGAACUUCUUUACAAUAAGCACUUAUAUCUGCAAGUAGGAAAAUUAUCAAAUAUUGGUUUCAGUUAUCUUUAUCCAAAACUUACAAAAGAUGCUUUAAAAGAGGUUCUUGACGAUUAUGCAAAUAUGAAAAUAUUUCCACAUUCCUUGGUUUUAUGAAUUUUAGCAAUACAAACUGCCAAGAUUAAAUAAUGGAGAAGCUUACAAUAAUUUGUAUGAAGUAACUUUUGGAGCGUUUCACCUUGUGCCUAGUAAUCCAAGUUACAUACUCUAUUGUAUGUUAUACAAUUUACUCGUAUUUUAUCUUCUAACAAAUAUCGUUAGUUGAAUUUAUAAAAAAGUACAGAUGGAAUAUGAAGAUUUCAUGUAUAAGCCUAUUGCAAAUGUGAUAAACUAGGAAUUAAUGUACUUAAUUUUAUUAUAGUUUGAAGUAUACAAUUUUUGCACCUUAGGGUUGCUAGUCAAGUUUUGACAUUAGUUAAAAAAUAUUGAAGAACAAACAUAAAACUAGAUAUUUACAUACCUAAACAUGAUAUAUUAUAGCAUGUAAUGUUAUUUGGAUAAAUAUUUUAGAGAAUUAUGUGCAUCGCCAAAAUGCUUUUUAUACUGAAUUUUUCAAGACUGGGAGUAUAAAUAAAAACUGUUAAACAGUUAA